GCCUGAGUGCACACACACAGAAAUGCUUAUGCACUGACAUCAGCUGAGAUAACGCGCAGCCUGAUUCCUGAUCGGAGGACAGCAAGGUGAUAAACCCGGGGACGCACUUCUCACCAGUCCACGGUUGGAUGGAUGAUUUUCACCCACGGAGAGCGACUCUGUCUCUGAUUCUUCUCUGGUCUUCUUCGAGAACUAUGAGGAGCGGAGCUGCGAGUUUGAGGGACUCCUGCUUGUGAUUCACACAGAGAGUCGCAGAAAAGAAGCUCAGUGGUUGUUAAGGCAGGAGAAGAAGAAGAAAAAGAAGAAGGAGUCUGUUUUUUCUCCUGCUGUUGGACUCUUCUCGUUUUCUAGAGGGAUGGUGCUGGACAAGGAGGAGAGUGUGUCUCUCGUGUCCCUCCAGUCCAGAGAGAAGCCGAGGGGCUGUGCCGGCUGCAACGGCAAGAUCCGAGACCGCUUCAUGCUGCAGGCGCUGGACAGGUACUGGCAUGAAGACUGUCUGAAGUGUGCCUGCUGUGACUGCCACCUGGGCCGCAUGGGCUCCACCCUAUACACCCGGGCCAACCUCAUCCUCUGCCGCAGGGACUACCUGAGGCUCUUCGGGGUGACGGGGAACUGUGCAGCCUGCAGUAAGAUGAUCCCUGCUUUUGAAAUGGUGAUGAGAGCCAGGGACAACGUCUACCAUUUAGAUUGCUUCGCCUGUCAGCUCUGCCGCCAGAGAUUUUGCGUGGGAGACAAGUUUUUCCUCAAGAACAACAUGAUCCUGUGCCAGCUGGACUAUGAAGGAGGCCAUCUUAAUGGCAGCACUGAGAGGCAGCCUCACUAAGAGAUCAGAGCAGGACGACUGUGAACAGUAGUUUGCUGUUUCAGACUGAAAUCCCCGAUGGGAUACGUUUCCAGCAGCUCAUGGUUGAACUCUCUAUGAUGGAGCUGCACUGUAACCAGCCUGAACAUGGAUGUUUCUGAUGAAACAGACCCAGAUGGACUAAUGAAACUAAGAGGACGAUAUUUUCCAGAGCACUUGAUGUGGACUCGAAUGGUUCUGCCCCCCUUUUUGUACAUUCAACAAAAAUAGACUGAACUUAUAUUUGCAAAUAGAGUCAGUUGCUCCAAAGCUGAAACACUAGACGGAUGGACUGAAGCCAGUCAGGCCACACAUAGCAUCAACCAAGUCAUCCAUUAGAGGAAAAUCCCGAAUUCCCAGUGAUUGUCCAAUCAUUCUGCCUCCUCUCACUGAGCUGUGUUUUUGUGGUGAACUCCACCCGUCUGGCACGAAGGACGACCCAAAUCAAACUGAAACAUAUUUGCAGAUACAGUUUGGUUCAGCUCAACAAACUUUGGUGGAUCAGCUGUUUUAUCUCUUCGCUUCUCGACUCUGAAGGCUCGAGUGGGACUUCAAACCCGCUGUAGCCUUAUUUCCACUCUGGUCUCAAAGUGUUAUUUUUUU